AUGUCACCGGGGUAUUUUCUUAUCUCGCGCUUGGCGCUGAUCCAGUGUUUUCCUUGCAUGGGGGAUGUCGGAAUAAUGGCGAAAUCUGGGUCACUAUUAAAGAAGACCAAGCCUGCCAGGUCGGAUCUAUCAGCUUGUUCCACUCCGCCAACAGUUCUUCCAAGGUUGAUUAGAUCGGUGGAUUUGUCUAUAAAUUCGCCUUCGGAACUUUAUAUAUCCACAUAUAUCAUCAUGCACAAUCAACCUCCCUCCCCUUCGGACACGAUAGCGCCGAUCAAGACUAUUACAUAUGACACCCCUGACAGCCCUCAAAUUAAUCCAAAUGAUUUGACGGCAGCCAAUUUCCGCCUGGAGACAACAAACGAUGAGACGAAAUAUACCCCUGGACUGUGGUCCUCUGGUGGUAGCACUGCAGUUUCCCUUUCCGGAAAUCAAACGCAGGAUGAGAACUCGAUGCCGGCAACCCUCUCACGCCACUUCCGAGCCAAUAUAGAUACCACACAUACGGAUAUCAUUCUAGUAGUAUGUGGCUUUGUUGGAGGAUUGGUCGACGGUUUAUCAUUUAAUGCAUGGGGAAGUUUCUCCAGUAUGCAAACAGGAAAUACUGUCUUUCUAGCCCUCGGUGUCUCCGGUCAACCUGCCUACCCCGCAUAUCUGUGGGCCAAAUCCUUGAUUGCCAUCACCGUCUUCAUCGUCAGCAACAUCUUCUUCAUACAUAUGCAUCGAUUCCUCAACCCACGACGCCGCUCAACAAUGAUUAUAUCAUUUGGCAUUCAGACAAUUGCCAUUCUUAUCGCCGCCAUACUUGUUCAACUCGGCGUUAUUCUCCCAAAGCCGGAGGACCCUCGUGCCCCGAUAGAGUGGAUGCAGAUUUUACCAAUCUCCCUUCUAUCGUUCCAAGCCGGUGGCCAGAUCUGUGCAUCCAGAAUCCUUGGGUUUGAUGAGAUUCCCACGGUUGUUGUCACUACACUCCUAUGUGACCUGCUCGUCGACCCAAAGUUGACUGCCAAGGGUAACCCAAGGCGAAACCGUCGGAUAGGUGCAUUCCUUGCCUUGUUCUUUGGUGCUAUGACAGCUGGUGGACUUUCCAAGGCUACCGGUAUGGCAUCCAGUCUUUGGUUUGCCAUGGGGCUGAAGCUCACAAUCACUUUGGGGUGGUUUGUCUGGAAACGCGAGGGUAGGAGAAAGAGCGAUGUUGAUGUGUGA